GUUCGACAUAAAGUCAAUUUUGCAUUUUUGUGAAUGCUAAUGGGCAUCUGGGACGAGCUCCGAUCCACUGCCUUGAGUCUAAUAAAACGAAAGGCUUCCGGUGUAACGUCCGGUCAAAAUGCUCGCCGAAGUCCGUACAGUUCGAUUGUCCCAACGGCCGGUACCAAAAUCGGCGACGCCGUUAGUCUUAACGCAGCUCAGAGAUUGGAGGAGUACGUCCCCGAACCUGACCGCCACGACAAGAUCGGCAGAAUUCUGACAAACCUCAGUAGAUUCGCCGUCGAUUCGGCCAUUGACGAGUCUCUGAAAGGCGUCACCGGUGGGAUACAAGUUUAUAAGAUAGUGAAAGAAGGAUUAAAGGAUCACCCCACUUCACACCCAUCCAGUGGGAAACAAGAUCCUGCAUUGGUGAUGGAAGAGAUUCAAGCAAAGAUGGAGAAAAUGCAGGAAGACAUGAUUAAAAUAAAGCAACAGAAUAAGACAUCAACUCAAUGUGUCGCUGGGUUGGAGCCUUCCAAGGACUUACCAAAUGAACCCACAAAGGGAUCAGCUCCUCCAAAAACCAAUGCGAAAAAGGUUUUCAUCCGUUCCCGGCUGUAAAAUGAUCAAUUCAGUUAUCAAAGAUACUAUAAGUAGUAAUACUCAUAUAAGACAUGUAGUUCACGUUACUUUCGUUGCGGUUUUUUUGUUUUGGUAAUGCCUUCAGUAAGCAGUAGUUGUAAAUAGGACUUUGAUGGUCUAUACCUAUAUGUAAUCUGGUAUAAAACUCUUGCUCCCCCUAUUCUUUUCACCUCCAGUUUCUGUCA